ACAAACAAACAAUCAUUAUCUUCUCAACACGUGUGGUAUUAAUAAUUGUAAGUAGGGAAAAACAACUUUUAUGUUGAAAACCCCAAUCGGUAUAUUUCGAUCAAGCGUGUGGUAAUUCAUAAGGCAUAAUAUAUAUUUCAACUAUGCUUUGUAUGACUGAAACAGAUGAGCCAAUUAUGCCUGUGAAAGGAAAGCCCAAGUCUGGCAGGUUAUGGAAAAGUGAAAAAUCAAGGUUUCGCAGUAUGUGCCAAGUGAAACCAUUGAAAUCAAAAUGGGAAAAGCGGCUCCAACAGCGACAAGAAAGAAAAGACAUUUUGGCUCAUCAGGCAGAAUUAAAAGAAAUAAAAGAUCAGGAAAAAGAGUUGAGAAAGCAGAGACGAAGGCAAAAAAUUGAGCAGAAAAAGAAAAAUGAACUGAAAAGUGAAGUGGUGCAAGUUAUAAGAAAUACUGCUAAAAUCAAGCGCAUGUCAAAGAAGAAAUUAAGAAAUAUUCAAAAGAGGGAUACAAACCCUAUGCAUGUAAAUUCACAAAAAUAAAUGCCUUUUAUGUAUUUGUCUUUUUAGAAUUAAAUAAUUUUUGUUAUA